AUGAGUGAUGGGUGGCGGGAUAUUAGGCAUCGACAUUUGAUUAAUUUCUUAGUUUAUUGUGAGAAAGGAAUUUCAUUUCUUAAAUCUGUAGACGCAUCUGAUAUUGAGAGCAAUACUGUGAAUUUGUGUAAUUUGUUUGCUGAAGUUACGGAAAUGGUUGGGGUUAAGAAUGUAGUUCAGAUAGUUACUGACAAUGCUGCUAAUUACAAGGCAGCUGGUAAAAUGUUAUGUGCAAAAUAUCCUUCAGUUACUUGGACACCUUGUGCAGCUCACUGUCUUAAUCUUCUGUUAAAGGAUGUUUCAGAGUUGGAGAAUGUUGCAAAGUUGGUUAAACUUGCAUCUAGGAUUACUGUUUUUAUUUAUAAUCAUAAGAUGCCGUUGAAUUGGUUAAGAAAAAGAGAGGGUUGGACAGAAAUCAUUCGUCCAGGUCCUACCCGGUUUGGUACGACCUUCAUUGCAUUAAAAAGUUUGGUAGAUCAUAAAAAUGACUUGCAAGCUCUUGUCAUAUCUAAUGAAUUUAAAAAGAUGUCAAAACUGGGGAAUGCAACUGGAUGUAAAGAAGUUGUGAUGAAUGAAACUUUUUGGAGCAAUUGUUUGAUUACUGUGACAGUAAUGACUCCUUUGUUGAGGGUUUUGCGUUUGUGUGAUAUGGAUGAAAAACCUUCUUUGCCAUAUGUUUUUGAGGGGAUGAUUCAGGCAGAUAAGGGAGUUAAGGCAAUAUUUAAGGGAAAGGAAGAUUUGUAUAAGCCAUAUACAGAUAUAAUCGAUGCUCGAUGGAAAAAGAUGUUAUGUUCUAGUAUUCAUUGUGCGGCAUAUUGGUUAAAUCCAGCUUAUCAGUAUGACAAAGAAAAUCUUUAUAAAGGUAAAGAAGUUUUCAAGGGUGUUCUCGAAAUGGUUGAGAAGAAUUUUUCGGUUGAUGAGGUUAUAGAUAUUACAACGACUUUAGGCAAGUUUCGUGAUGGCGAAGAAUGUUUUGGUAGGAGUAGUGCCGUUGCUUCUCGUAAAGCAAUUCAACCCGCCGAAUGGUGGAGAUUAUUUGGUGGAGAUUAUCCGUUAAUGCAAAACUUUGCCGUUCGAAUAUUAAGUCAAACCGCAUCUUCCUCUGGUUGUGAACUUGAUUGUGAAAGUAUUAGUCAUGCGGAAUUUUGGGUGGUUGAAGAAGAGCCGGCAGGAGAACUUCGUAACGAUGAUAUAGAUAACAUGUUUGGUGAGGAAGAUCAUAACCCGGUUUCUCAAACACAAGGAAACGAAAAUAGUUAUGCUCUAGUUGAUGAGGAUGGUGACGAUAGUGAAUUUCAUCUUUUAAGCGACCGGGAACUUGAUGCAUUCAACACUCCAAUGGCUUAA